CUUCCGCCUCGCGUUCUCAGCGUUCCUCGCGCCCUUUACGUCCGAGCCCGAGGAGUGGGGUUUCCGGCCAUUCAUACUCCUAGUUUUUCGGGCUUGGGUAGUCCGGUUCUGUACAUUAACGCGCUGAAAGAGCGACGGCGCCGCUAGGAUGAAGCUCGUGAGAUUUUUGAUGAAAUUGAGUCACGAAACUGUAACCAUCGAAUUAAAGAAUGGAACACAGGUUCAUGGAACAAUCACAGGUGUAGAUGUCAGCAUGAAUACACAUCUUAAAGCUGUGAAAAUGACUUUGAAGAAUAGAGAACCGGUACAACUGGAAACACUGAGUAUUCGAGGAAAUAACAUUCGAUAUUUCAUUCUACCAGACAGCUUACCUCUGGAUACACUACUUGUGGAUGUUGAACCAAAGGUGAAAUCUAAGAAAAGGGAAGCUGUUGCAGGAAGAGGCCGAGGCCGGGGAAGAGGAAGAGGACGCGGUCGGGGUAGAGGAAGAGGGGGUCCUAGGCGAUAAUGUCUCUCAAGAUUACUAUUUCAAAGUGAUACAUGAUUGGGGAUAUUUUUUGUACAGGUUUUGUUUGUUUAUGUCAGUUUUUAAUAAACAUAAUUGUAGGACAGA